UUUAUUAGGGCAUAUAUUGACGAUAUUAUCAUCUUUAGCAAAACGGAGGAAGAACACCUUAAAUACCUAUAUACCGUUUACGAAAUCCUUAAUAAGGCCUAUAUCUAUAUUGGUAUAGCCAAAUCCUUUAUAGGUUACCUGGCCGUAAAACUCCUUAGGUAUAUCGUAAACGGUAAAGGCAUUGCUAAAACCGACGACCAUAUUAUCGCCUUUAAAAAGCUAAAGUUUCCAGACACUCUUGACAGCUUAGAGCAUUACCUUAGGAUAGCCAGAUGGCUUAGGAAAGGCAUUCUAUAG